AUGAGUACUGGCGGAAGGCUCUUCAGGUGUUCUGGUCUUAUUCUGUCGAGACCGGGUGCCGUACAUGAUAGCAUAUCGUAUUUCGGACGGGAGAACCUCUGGAAUGACUUGUCCGUCUUCCCUCAGAUGGUGAGGAGGCAAGUGGACAUGGCUGUCGAAGAGAUCAGAGUAGAAGUCUCGAUGCAGUGGUUGUUCCCCUCGGGUUCCGGAGAGCAGUCAUCCUCGUCUUGCGACUGGCGAAGUCUCGACAGGCAUAGCGGAUACUUUUCCCCGCCUCUGCGACUUCAGCCAGCACUUCUGCUCUUCUCUCUUUAA